UUAUUUAAAAUAAUUUAUAUAAAAGUUCUACCUAUCAGGAAAACAAUGGUUGUAAUGCAAUGGAGUUUCAUAGAAACAUAGAAAAUAUUGUAGCAUAUAAAGUAUCUAUUGUAGUCACAGUUAUAUUAUUUUCAAUCAGCUUGCAUUGGUAUAUUGAGCAUAGGCGUUUUGACGAAUUCCAGGGUUGGCUUAAAAAAAAUCAGUUAGAAGAGUUUUAUCACAUUUUUAUUAGAAAUGAUAUAAGCACCCUUGAUGGCGUUCUUCGUCUUACAACUAGUGAUAUUCUUUAUAUCCUUGAAAAAGAUUUUCAUACUUCAUCUCUUGAAAGUAUUAAUAGACUUUCCAAAGCUAUUGAACAGCUCAGAAAAGAAGCACAACUACUUUGUUGGUUACGUAAAAAUGGUCUUAGUUAUGUUCAGAAUGAAUUACAUAGUUUGAAUGUAUCUACACUUGAUGAUGUUAUUAGGAACAUUGAGUUGCUAAAAACUUCAAAAAUCUUUCAUGAUCAAAUUCCUCUGAUUAUGUUAGAAAAUGACAAGAACAAUGUAAAAAGUUAUACAUAUAACAGUUCAUAUUUUUUUGUGUAUGAUAUCUUCUACAAAGUUUUAGCACUAUUCAGAUUUAUAGUUACCUGUGGUGCAGGUCUUCUGUUGUUGUUCUUUCUUAUAUCUGUUUUACUUGCAUAUAUUGCCACUACUAUUUUCAUGCGUCAACUACCACAAAUGGCACAGAGAAUUCAAAAUGGAUUCAUUUCAGUUUUCCAUUUGGGUGUUUUUGGAAAUUCAAUUUUAAGAGGCAUGUUACCAAGAGUAUCUCAGGUUGACAAUCUUAGUAAUACAGUUAGUGUUGGUUGUUUUCAAAACAUAUUUGGAAAUUAUUUUGAUGAAAAAAGAAGCUUUAUAACAUGGCUAAAUGAGGAAGAUGUUGUUGGCAUGGAAAAUGUGUUAAAGAUAACGUUUUGUAAAGCUAAUGGUGGACCUUAUGAUGCAACAAAGUUUUCUAGUUUAAAAUGUGAAGUUUUAAUAGAAGGGUCGUCUUUAGAAGUAAAUCUUGUUUUCUGCGAAGAGAAGAAUUGUAUACUGAUUUAUUUUACACCAAUAAAAGCUGGUAACUACAGCAUUUCCAUUAUUGCUAAUGGAAAAGUUUUAGCAAAUUGUCCAAUUUCAAAAGAGUAUAAAGCAGGAAAAAUUGAUACCACAAGGAGUGGUCUUUUACUUCCAAGUUCUUUAUUGAUUCUUGAAGAAAAUCAAAGUGAGUUAAUUAGUUUUGAUGAGCGAGACAAAUAUGGUAAUCAAUGUUAUUCAAUGGUUGAAGAGCUUUACAAGUACCAGUUUCAUAUUUAUGCACUUGGAUAUUCUGCUGAUCGAAUUUCUCCCCAGCUGUUAUUUAUUGAAGAACCUGAUGCAAAAUUACAUCAAGCAUGGAUAACUUUAAGUAAAGCUGGUGUUUACUCUGCAGCUAUAUACUAUGACGAUAAAUUAUUUAGUGAAAAUGUUACUUUGGUCGUACUUACAAAUGUUGAGAUGAAAGAAGUGCAAAAAAAUAUUCAAAUGUCGAGUUGGAACCUAUAUUAUGAAGGAUAUAUUAGAAGUGAAAAUAUUAUGAAACAAUCUGAAACAGUUACAGAUAAGAAAAGAAAAGUUUUUUGCUACAUUAGUCCAAAAAUGCUGACCAUAAAAGAAUAUUAUUUGAAAAUAUUUCCAAAAAAAUUGUAUUCUAUUCGAAUUCAGCCAACUGUAAAGAUUACUUUUCUGGAUGAGAUUGAACCUGCAAUUUUAAUUAAAACCAGAAGUAAUGUUGUCAAGUUGUAUACAAAACAUAGAAACAUCUUGGUAGCUACAUUUGAAAAGUUAAUGUUAAAAAACAUUGGUGGUUCUCAAUCAUUUAAAGAAAAGCAAAAGUUUUUUUAUAACACAAUAGAAAACAUGCACCCACGCAGUAGUAUGACAACAGCAUUUAUUGAAGUUAGUCGAGAAAACUUGCUUAAUGAUGCUAUGCAUUCUGUUAAAUCGUACAGUCAAUCUGAUUGGUGGAGAAAAUUGCAAAUUAAAUUUAAGGGAGAAAAUGGAAUUGAUUAUGGAGGCCUAACUCGAGAAUUUAUACAACUGCUGUUAUCAGAGUUAUUACAUAAAAAGGGUGCAUUGUUUAGGAAGUUUAAUGAUGAUGAUUCACAAGCACUGAUUCAUCCCAAUCCUUUUCGUGAAAAAACCUAUCAAAACAUAAAGCUGUAUGAAUUCCUUGGUUUACUUAUUGGAAAGUGUUUAGUUGAAUGUUCUUUUGGUCAAGUAAGGCAGUUAUUUAUCAAAGCCAGGUUUUCAAGAUCAUUUUUGUCACUUAUACUGGGUUAUGGAGUUAGUUGGAAGCAUUUUGCUAGCGAUGAUAAGUUGUAUUACACUGGAAAGAUUAAAUAUAUACUGGAGAAUAACCCUGAAUGUCUGGAAAUAUAUUUUACUGAAGAUGUUUAUGAUAAUGACAACAAGUUUAUUAAGGUUGUUGAUCUAGAGACAAACGGUUCACAAAUUCAAGUGGUAGAUUCUAACAAAGAGAUUUACUUGCAGAGACUUGCUGAAUUUCGUUUACAUGAAUCUGUUUCCGAGGAAAUUGACUCGUUUUUAAAAGGUCUUCACUUUAUCAUUCCAGAUGGGCUUCUUUCAAUGUUUGAUGAAAAUGAAGUAGAGCUGCUACUUUGUGGUAUGGAAUAUAUCAGUGUAUCAGACUGGAAAGCAAAUUCCACUUUUUUAUUUGGUAUAGAUCUUAAUGACAAGGUUAUGUCAUGGUUUUGGUCAAUUCUAUCCAGUUUUAGUCAGGAAGAGCUGUCUCGCUUACUUCAAUUUACAACUGGCUGUGGACAGUUGCCUCCAGAAGGAUUUGCUGGACUUUAUCCUAAUUUUCAAAUAACACGAGCUGGUUUAACUGAUUCCUUACCUACUGCUCACACAUGCUUCAACAAUUUGUGUUUGCCUCUUUAUACAAGCCGAGAAGAAAUGAAAAAAAAACUAAUCAUUGCUAUGAACGAAGGUUCUGAAGGUUUUGGUCUUGUUUAAAAUAAUUCUUUUUAGUUUAGUGUGUAUGAGACAGGAGGGAGGUAGGUGGGAAGGUAAUUUGGAGCGUAUAUUGACGGAAUAAAAUGGUAUAUAUUUUGCAUCACUAUAUUUUACAAUUUUUAUAUCAUAUUGUUAUGGCUGCUGUAAAUAAAUUUAAAUUUCCUUUAUGUUUUUAUACGUUACUAAAGAUUAUUUUGCGCAUUAAUAAAGAAAAAAGAUAAACCUUGUAAUUAUAUAAGAAAUAUUUUUACUCAAACACGAUAGAUUUUUAACGAUUUAAAAUAAAUGUUUAUUUUUUAAAAAA